AUGCGGCGUUCGAAUGCGGACGGACAAAAAAGAGAGGGGAGAAUGACUCCAGGGCGGGGCGAGGCAGAGCCGCAAAACGUUCAAGGAAAGGAUGUAAAGUGUGAUGAAAAGCAACCUCGAUGCGGCCAGUGUGAAAGAAGAGAUGGGAAUUUCCACUUGAAGGAUUCUAUCUUCAAACAGCACGUUUUCUCCCCAGUUGAAGUCUCUCACGCUGCUGCUGCUCAAUCACCGAACGUCGAGUUGAACAUUCAGCCAGACGAUCCAGUAUUUGAUCUUCCAACGAGCCUAGAGCAACGGAGUAAUAUUACCGCGUCGGAUGAGCUUCCGCCGUUUCAGCCUCACAACACGUCCAAUACACCCUGCCCACACACACUUCCACCGCCCAGUGCAUUACCAGGCAGCCUCUUCUCUACAGUUCCUAUUGCUGGUCUCCGUCACUCGGGUGAUUUGCUCUUUGAACAUCAAUAUGGAAACAUAUCAAGUACAAGCCCUAGUGAAGCACCACUCUCGGAACAAGGCCCGUGGCAGCAGCAUGUUGCCAACACGUUUCCAAGCCCACGAACGAUCACGUAUGAUGAUUCUCAAGAGCCUACAGUUGAGUCAUUGAAGGAUACCCAACAAGAGUUGUUUCUCCUCCGACAUUAUUCGGAAUGCAUAGCACCAUGGUAA